AUGUUCAAGUGUAAAAAAUGUGAUAAGUCUUACCAGAGGAAGACGCAUCUUCUCCGCCACGAGGCUGUCCAUACCCAGCAACCUGCCUCAAGCUGCCCAUUUUGCAAAAAGUCAUUCUUGAAACCAGAGGUCACUCGAAGACAUACCAAAUUAUGCGCAAAGAAGCAUGAUCAACCUCUUCCUCCGGCGGCAAAGCCCGGAAGAAAAAGACAGUCAUGUGAUGCAUGUUUCUCAGCCAAGGUAGCAUGCGAUAAAAAAUUACCUUGCGCUCGCUGCGAGAGUCUUGGUCGAGAGUGUACCUUCGGAGAUCAGCAGUCGUUACCACCGUUGAUAGGGCCGUCGUCUUUGACAAAAAUCCCACCUUCAUUGUCCAUUGCCGCUUCUCACACAGUCCCGAAUAACAAUGGUCCAUUUUUCUUCCUGCAACAUUUUGCCAGUCCAUCUGUCAAAAAAGACCGACUUGCUAUCGGAGAAACAGCAAAGUCAUCAAUGCGCAGGAAUCUACAGUCUAUAUAUUCUCAUCUGGAGGAUGCUCUCGUACCCUCCUAUCCUCUAGCAAUAUUCUCAGACGACUUCCGGGGAUCUGACUUUCCGUUCCUGCCGUCUUCCGCUGCAGAGGAUGCUUUUCUUUGUCAAUACUCGGCGGAUGCACUUUUCCCGUCAAAACUUUCUAAUCAAUUAACAGAAUUGAUGACAGAACUCAUUGAAACUUCGCAGUCUAUGGCGUUGAGCAAUAUUGAGUCUCAAAGAACCCUUGAUAUGAUGGAGCUCACUGCGCUAUUCGGAGUAUCCAAUAUCUCGACUUUUGUCUCGGCUUUCUUCCAAUCUUUACACUGGCACCUACCCAUCGUUCACUUUCCAACCUUUGACCCGGGCAAUAUAGCAAGUCCCUUACUUCUCUCAAUUUUCCUUGCAGGAGCAUCGUAUACCACUCCUGUCGAUGGAGUCUCGUUAUCGCCAUUGAUUUUCGAUGUGGCAGAAGAGUACAUCUUCCGCAAGAUUCUAAACCUGACAAACAAACCAGCCUCGAAAGAUCCGAUGGAUAUAUUGCCAAUUGUACAGCUGGUCCAAGGUGCUCUCAUAAUGGAAAUGCUUCAAUUUGGACGGGAUGAUAUGUCGACAAGAAGACGGAUUCGUAUCAUGCGACAUCCAUGCUUGGUAUCGACUGUUCGGUCAUUAGGGAUUUUUCAACUCAAGCGCGCAGCCGCCCCUAAAACUCACGAUGACCGCACAUGGAGAGUUUUGGUUGGAGAAGAAGUGUGUAUACGAAUUGCUUGCUGGGUCUUCCUGGCAGAUGGAUUCUUGACAGUCUGCUUUAAAAAUCAUCCUGCACUUUCCAUCUUUGAAAUGGAUUGUCAUUUGCCGUGGUCUGCCGAGCUUUGGGAAGCAGAGGACGCAGCUUCAUUUGCGCAAAUCGCGGCAACACAAUCGUCGGGACAGGACAUACCUCCUCUGAAAGACGUGGUCACCCAUUUACUCGAAUCUGACUCUGAAGAGCCAAUCCCAUGGAGUCUCUCAUUGUCUCCAGAGGAUCUUCUCAUUCUUAUCUAUGCAAUGAGCUCACUUGCAUUUCAAGCGAGAACAGGACUGCUGCAGUUCCUCCCACUCGACAUGAUCAAUCGCGGGGCCAAAAAUUGGAAGCGAAUCUGGGAUUCUGUAAUCGGUUCUCUAGAUCAGAAACAGUUCCUGCACCUUGGUUAUCCCAAGCAUGCCGAGGAGCUCUGGUGGUUGUUAACAACUACGUUGAACAUUGCCGAUAAGCCGCAAUCGCAUUUCGCGUAUCUAAACAACACGGCAACGGAUGAGCUGGGGAAUCUGAAUGAUUUCAUUCAAUGGUGCCAUCAGAGCUCUACGUGA